AUGCCGGCAUACAACUCCGUCUUUAACUCGGACCCCAAUGUCCCCCGUAUAAUCGGAAACUUCCCCCUUCUUCCUCUCCGAACCAAGACCCGUGGACCUGCCUACACCCUGCCUGCCCCUUCGCCGCCUCUGCCGGCUCACGAGUCACCCGACCCCGAUAGCGACAGCUACGAUAUCCUUGACGAGGUCCUCGCCCUCUUCCGAGCCAACACGUUCUUCCGAAACUUCGAGAUUCAAGGUCCCGCCGACCGUCUGCUCGUCUAUGGAAUCUGGUUCGUCAGCGAUUGUCUGACCAAGAUCCGCCCUCACGCUUCUCUACGUGAUGCCCAGAAGGAUGUCAUGAACCUGGCGCUUGACCUUAACUUUGCCAUUCCCGGUGACCCAGGAUGGCCUCUUAACCAGAUGUACGAGGCCCCCAAGGACAGACAAGAGGCGGAGCAGCUCAAGCAAUACAUGUCGCAGGUUCGACAGGAGCUCGCUGCUCGAUUACUCGCUAGGGUAUACGAUGGGGAUGAGACCAAGCCCAGCAAGUGGUGGUUGAGCUUUACCAAGAGAAAGUUUAUGGGCAAGUCGCUGUAA